AUGGCUCUAGGCAGGCGCGGAAGCGUGUUGGUGGGCCUCAUGGUGACGCUGUGCGCUCUUGCCGCCUCUCCGGUGUUUUCAUCUCCCGAAGAGAAGUUCGUGAGGAAGACCGUGUCGUCUCACGAGAUCGUGAUCUUCUCCAAGUCCUACUGCCCGUAUGAUCUCCUCUUCCAUCUGUUUCCCUCCUGAGAACUUGUCAUUUCGUAAGGCCGGGGGUUCCGUGAUCGCUCCCCGUCACAAGUCCGUUGCCGGCAUGAAUUUGGGGGAAAUGUCUGGGUCUCGUGGUGGCCUAUCGUGAUGAUAACGAAAAUCUGUGCAAGCCAGAUCCCAUCUCUAGGGAUCUAUGGUGCUAUUGGGCAUUGUCGAAGGGGAGCAAGAUCCCAAGCGUUCAUCUCCUCUUUCAUUGCUUGGAACGUGAUUUAGCAUCCGUUGUGGAGUUUGUGGGUGGAAAACCUUAUGAGCCGCUUCUUAGAGGAGCGAGGGUGGAGCACAGUUCUUUCCUGAUUCGAAUUCCUCGUGUUCUUCAUCAUUCGUUAGAUAGUUCUUCAUCAUUUGUGAAGAUGGUAAGCAUGCAUAUGAUAUUCAUCGUUUGGUCCCUAUUUUCUCCUCUUAGUUCAUAUUUUCUUUGAUUCAUCCUCGUUGAUUAUGAAUUUAGGAACGAUUUUUUUUUUCUUGUAAAUGCUCAGAUACUGCAGAAGGGCGAAGGCUGUUUUCAAGGAGCUGAGCAAGGUUCCCUAUGUUGUCGAGCUGGACCAGAGAGGUUCGCUUCUGACGUUCCUCAUACAGUGCGAUUCUUUUCUGCUCUUAUUUUCUCAUUCCACUGGCCAUAUAUGACAAACAGUGAUUAAGGCCCACCAUGUAAUUGCUCUCCAACAAUGGGUAAGCAGCAUAGAGAACAGUUGUUGAAAACAAAUAGAAUGUGAGGAUUAAUCUGAGCUUGAAAAAAAAUUCCAUUCAGCUAGAAAUAAUAUAGUUUAAUCGAUAAUAGGAUUUUUAUAUUAUUCAUAGAUCAAGCACAUUGGAAUGAGCUGUUGAAUUAAUGGCUUUUUUCAGCAUAUGGUCGGUCUUUGAUCACCGCCAUUUACAUAUAUAUAUAUGCAAGCAUAUACAUAUAUAUAUAUAUAUAUAUGCAUGCUUGUUUGCUUAAUUAGGUUAUUUAUAUUUGCUGAUUUAUCUGUUCAUCUGGGAACUCGGUCAGAUCAUCUGACGACUCCGCCAUAUCUCAGCAUAUGGUCUAUCUUUAUAUGCAUGUAUGCUCAUCAUAGUUUUUUCCAUGCAACUGCUUAUUUAGGUUAUUAUUUAUUUGGCAUCCAUGUCAAAUUAAUGUCUGUUCAGCAGGGAACUUGGAGAGAUUCGCCUCCGUCUUUAAUAAAUCGAUGGGUUUCAAUCGUCACUGGCUUUUUCCAUGAAAAAAAAACCCAUUUUAGUAUUAUUUUCUCAUUCUUCGAUGAAUUUUAUCAAUAUUCUUCGAUUUAUUUUUAGUAUUAUUUUCACAUCCAAACUAUUGAAUAACUAUAAACUAAAAGGAGCGAGCAUGACGAUUACUGAGCAGCAAUCAGGGAUCCCCUUUUUUCCCCCAAAAAAGGAUUAAAAAAAAUGCCAUAUUUAUUUACUAGAACGAUGCUGAUUAUGAGGCUGAAUCGUGCUCUCAGAGGAUGGAGGGGACAUACAGCACGCCCUGAGCACAAUCGUGGGGAGAAGGACGGUCCCUCAGGUCUUCAUCAAUGGAAAGCAUCUCGGUGGCUCCGACGGUACUCCCAUCCCUCUGAUUCAAAAAAAAUAAAAAAUAAAAAUAUAUAUUUUUUUAAUUUUUUAAUUUUUUAUUUUGUAUUUCUCUUUCCUCUCUGAUUUCUGACCCAAGAAGCCUCUGCAUGACUCAGACACUGUUGAAGCUUAUGAGAAUGGCUCCCUGGCGAAGCUGCUGGGCGCGGACUCGAGAGACAGUGAUCUCUGA